CCGGCCUCUGCCCCACCGGUACAAAAGUACCGGUCCAGCCUCAGUUCGCCAUCGAACCACCGACAUUCUACGCGGUGCAUUAUGGUUAGUGCCAGAGCGCUAGCGCUAUACUUAGCGCAGGAGCACGAGGAGCAGCAGCGGCAGCGGCAGCGAGCAGAGCAGCAGCAGCGGCGACUGAGCAAGAUCUGCGGCCAUAGUCGCCUGAGGUAUCGGGAGCCGGAGGUACCACAUCAGCCAGAGCUGAUGUCAGUGGAACAAGACACCGGGGCACUGCCACGACGCAGUGCCAGGCUUGCAGUUCGUAACCGUCCUGUGGUACCUCCACGAAGCAAGUAUCAGCAACAGCGGCUCAGCAAGCGGACGACUCAGGCGGCAUCAAGUACAGCAUUGACAAUACCGGUUCCCACCAGAGUUCUUCCCGCAUGUCCGGUCCAAGGGGCCCUUGAACCGCUGGCUGACUACCUUGGGCGGCUACAGGUAUUCACUGAUGCCAUAGCUACCGCCAAGGCUCAGCAGGAGGCAGCACAGGCAGAACGUCAGCGGCUGGCCAAUGAGGCGGCAGCCCAAGCUCAGCAGACUGCUGAGGCUGACGCAGCGACACGAGACAGACGGAAUGCCGCCAGCACGGAGUCCCUGAUUCAACAUGAGAAUCAGUGGACAACACUACUCGAAGGCAUGUUCUUUGUGCCUACGGAAGCGCAGGCGGCUCCGACACAGGCAGAGGGAGAGAGAAGUAACCUGGCUACCCUGAUGUUGAGCGUGAUGAGGGGAGUAAUGUGGAACAACAAACUGCUGCAGGCACACCUGCUCGCAGAACGACAGCAACGACAGAAGCACCAGCAAGAGGUGGCUGCUUUGACGGCCGCCGUCCGCGACGCAGCAACGCAGCAGCAGCAACAGCAACAGCUGUUGAACUCUACUCUCGCACGCAUCAACGACAUCGAGGCUAAGACCUCAGCAGCGCCAGGCUGCACGACAGACGCGACGAAGCAGCUCAACGAGCGCAUCGAUCACGUCGUCACUAUCAUUGGCGAACUAGGUGAUUUCACUAGUCCGGCCACGAUCAGCAGCACGGUGGCCUCCAUCAAGACGAGCAUCACCAAACUGCAGACAAGACCGGACGCCGCUACAAAGAAUUACAAGAUGCCGCACUUCGACAUCAGCAAGUUCGACGACUACAAAAAGUCGGACGCCUUGACAUGUUGGCAACGUUUCCUCACGGAAGCAGCAUGCCGCACUGUCCCGGCUGACGACAUGAUGAAGGCGCUCUACUUACAACUGAUUGGAGGAGCGCAGGCUUGGAUGAACCAUCUGGCGGCUACCAACAAAUGCACCAUCGCCGAACUCCACACGCACAUCCCGCGGAAGGAGUUCGAGAAGCUAUGGUUCACUCGGUUCAUGGUCCUCAACGUCGUGAACGCGGCCAUGAACGAGGUGUACACCUGCUCUCAAGGGAAUAUGCCAACUCGAGACUGGACAACCAAGUGGCAAAAGAUAGUGACCACGCCAGGUUUCGAUUUGAGUUUUACGAACCAACGAUCCAAGUUCUUCUCGCGAUCGUGCGCAGGACUGCGAACCGCACUCGGCAACGAGUACGAUGACGCCUCAUUCCAGGCCAUCCUGGAUCGUGCGAACUUCGUCAUCCAAACGGAUGACAAGGACGCAAACGAACGGCAGUCCCAGCCGCAUUAUGUGGCUAAGUCGGGCUAUCAACGACCGGCACAUAAUAAUACCGUGAUUUUUGACGAAACAGUCGAUCUCCACGCUGCAGCAGCAUCCUCAAGUGAUGGAGGAAUUGUAGCAGCGCUCCCGCCGAAGCGUCCCAAGAGAGUUCGGAAGAACAAGGCGACACAAGAGACGACAUCGACGGGAACUGGGCAGCAGCCAUGGACGGCAUACAAGAUCACCAAGGAAAUCUAUGACCUUCGUCAACGGUACGGAUAUUGCCUUUGGUGCAAUGGAGUCACUCAUUUGACCGCACAGUGCCCCGAAAAGGGCAAGGCACACGUACCCCUACCAGCUCCGUUGACGGACAACGGGGUAGCGGUUGUCGAUCUCCGCUCCUAUCUUGCGAAGAUUGACCGCGAGUACGUCACCCAAAGGUACGCCGGAAUCGACCCGCCUUUGCUCUAUAUCCGCAUUCAAAUCGGAAAGGCAACCUGUAGUGCCUUGAUUGAUUGCGGAGGGUCUCGCAACUUUAUGAGCCAAGCCUUUAUGGCCCGCGCAGGUCUUGGCCCGCGCGUCCGAAGGAAGACGGAACCUACGCAAGUUACACUCGUGGACGGCCGCACGCAAAAGUCAAUUGACCGAUGCGUCGACGGCAUUCCGGUAUACUUUGCGCCACUUGCGUGCAAGCCGGUGUCUUUUGACAUCCUCGACACCAAGUUCGACAUGAUUCUAGGCAUGUCUUGGUUGCGUAGCGCCGAUCAUCCGGAGAACUUUCAUGACCGAACCGUUCACAUCCGUGAUCGGAACGGAGUGUUAGUCCCAUGUACGGUCGCGACCCCUCACACUUCGAUUGCUUGUCACGUGGUUUCGAUUGCGAGAAUUCGCAACGCCAUAGCUCGGAAUGACGUCGAGGAGAUGGGCCUUGUAUUCUUGCAUGCUCUCCCCUCGCCGGACGGAUCAGCCGCAUCACCGCCGGACCCACACAUCACUCACCUCUUGGACGAGUAUGGAGACCUCUUCGAGGCUCCCACCGGAACGAUUCCGGAUCGGCCCAUACGUCACGGGAUCACUCUCGAGGCUGGUGUCGUCCCUCCGUGUGGAUGUAUCUACCGCAUGAGCGAAGAGGAACUCGAGGUGCUUCGCUCACAACUCGAUGACCUUCUCGACAAGGGCUCGAUUCGCCCUAGUUGUUCGCCUUACGGUGCCCCUGUUCUCUUCGUCCGGAAGAAGAACAAAGAUCUACGGUUAUGCAUCGACUAUCACAAACUUAACGCACAAACCGUAAAGAACGUCGGACCUCUCCCUCGGAUUGAUGAUCUCCUUGAGCGGUUAGGCGGCGCGACGUACUUCUCGAAGUUGACUUGAAGUCGGGUUACCACCAGAUUGAAAUCCAGCCUCAAGAUCGGUACACGACCGCGUUCAAGACGCGGUACGGGCAUUUUGAGU